AUGGAUGGAGAGGUAGAGGAUAUGGAAAGUUCAGAUGACGAGCAGAUGAAUGGCUGUAAACAGCCCUCGACGAGCAUUGCCGCUUCUUUGACGCAGGAGGGUACAAAGUCGGUUAAGAUGCGGUUGUUGGACCGGCUGGCUGAAAUUCUCUGCUACAAAAAAGUUGCGCACUAUGUGACUUGUACAGCUAUGCAGGAGACCGACGAUGAGGUAAAUAUCUUAGCAUUGAGAAAUGCUGCAUGGAGUGGGAAGGACAUCGAGCUCCUCGAGGAGGUGUCGAGGCAGCUAGAAAUAGUUGCAACCAAAGAAUCCCUUGACAUAGAAUCUUUACCGGACCUCCAAGCACUUCUCAGUGAAUACUAUACUCCACGCCUUAAGUAUCAUGCGUCGGAGCUCUUCGGCCUGGUAACAAAGAAGAAGGAAAUGUGCAAAUUCAAGUUGGUUGAAAUUUUGAAGGAGUUUGGCUUAGGAAGUGUCUCUUCAACCAACCUUGUCGCUAUUGUCGACGAUAUCUGCUAUAGCACAACUUUCUACUCUCAACUCAAUCAACUCUUUACAGUCAAGCAGGUUAAACGAAUAACCCGUGAGCUGGGCUUUCUCUGCCGCCCUAGAUAUGCCUUCGCCACUUUCUGGGAAGCAGCGCGUGAGAUCGAAGGUUUCCAGAGCAUGAAGAUCACGCUCGUCCCCGGAGCUAGGGCGAAGCAUGUUCCACCGAGCAUGUCAUUGUGCCCCCAAUUUCUAACCAAAGCGGACCAAGCAAUUCCCAAAUUACUCAAGCAGAAGAGAUGGAUCCAUGCUGAAAUGGGAAUGGUUACCCAUCUGAUUAAAAACGACAGCGUAGCUCGAACCUUUCCAUAUCUGGGUAUCAGCAAAAAGACAUGGUUUAUGUGUGGUCAUAUUUUACAGAGUUUGGCUCCCUUUCAAGCGCGAAACAACCAUGGCAAAGUUUAUUCUCAAUGGACGUUACCCAGCACUCUAAUUGUUCCGUCCUUAUAUCAAGGCAGGCUAGAAUCGGCGGUUCAAAACCUCCGCGAUGUGCUGCGGCAUGAAUGUGCUGCGGCAUGA